AUGUUGCAAAAUGAAGAAAAUGUUAACCUCGAAGUGUCUAACUCUCCACCUGCGGAAUUAAGUCAUAUGAGUCAUAUUGAGAAAUGUCGUGAACUGGCAGAUGUGUUGAAUGAGAAUCUAUUAGGACAGGAUCUCAAAGUUUCAAUAUUCAUAACCUACGCACGUAAGCUGAACUUCGACGAAAAUCUAAUAAAUGAGCUUGUACAUUAUAAAAUAUACACCAAAAAGGGACUGAAGGAUAUGCUGGGCAAGAUACCACCGUUAAGUGAGAUAUGGUUGAACAUCAAGAAGAAUAAGAGUGACCUCUUAAACCAUGAAGUAAUAAAUUUUCUAUAUUAUUUCUUGAUUGUUAAUAACAAAGCAACUAUUCGUGAGGUGCGUAUAGAAGCGCUUCAAGAAGUUUCGGAGCGACGACGAAAAAAGAAGCAUAAACCCACUCAUAUUUUUGAAAUACUUCAGAAAAAUAGUGAAAUAUAUGACAAAAUGGUUAAAGACUAUAAUAUCGCACCAGCAGCUGCAUACUGGGACGUAAGCAUGGACUACUUUUUCAAAAUACUUUAUAAUGAUGUAUGGGGACUAGAAACUUUGCUUUUAAGAAAUGAAGUCUUCCGAUUUAUACCUUCAAUAGGCGAUGGGUGGAAGAACUCUUUAUUGGGAUCUAGUCUUCAAUGUGUGGGAAUAGUUCGAAAAAAUACAAAUUUAUAUUCAUUUAUAUCAAUUGCAGAUGAGGGUCCAGUAGAUCUGAGUUUAGCUGCAUCAGCAACUACAACUAGAGAAAAUCCAAUAUCUGAAAAUGGUUUCAGAACAAUAGACGAAUAUCGUGAUAAUAUCAGUUUUGCCGUAGCACAUAAAGCCGAUUUGGCGCGCCGCAUUUGGGAAGAAACGCGUGAAAUAGCACGCGCAUUUCCAGACGUCUUUACCCGUGAAGAAAUAGCUCGCAGUUUAGCUAGAUUAGGUUAUGGUGAUUUCGAGCUACCAAACGAAGAUGAAGUAAUGGAGUGUAAUGUAAUAGCACCCGACACUUAUCAAAAUUCAAUUGAUCAACGUGUAUACACAAAUAUAACACCCACACCAAGCCCUGCUACUACAGCAUCUGCGGACAGUUUCUACGAUACCGAUAGAUCUAUAAAAGUUAAACCACAAAAUUUUGCAUAUCGCAACUUCAAUAAUAAUCUAAUGAAGAGCAUAGCUGAUUUUGAGGAUUGCCUUAAAACACCACAACAAUUUGUCCAACAGCCGUCACCAAUGCCAAUAAUUGAGAAUGGGCCGACAAGUAUGGAUACUUUGUACCCAACCGAAAUUGUAAGCGAACCCGAAGAUCUGAGCAUACGUGUCGACCCAAGUGGAGCAACGACAAGCAGUCGCCGCAUCUUAGGUGAAAAUAUUAAUUUGCAUAAUGUUGCACGCGCAUUGCUGAGUAUGCAGAGCAUAAGCAACACAAACGUCGUCAACAGCAAUGUCACCAACAAUAGCAACAAUGAAGAGAGCAGUUUUGGCGAUAAGAGCAACAUUAGUCUUAAACUGAAGACAAGUAGCGAUUUGUACUAUCAAUGUCAACAAUGCAAUAAAUGCUAUUCAACCUAUGCGGGUCUUGUGAAACAUCAACAAACGCAUGCUUUCGAGAGUACUGAGUAUAAAAUAAUACGGAGCAAUCCAAACGGUACGGGCAGCAUUGUUGACUCUACAGAAUUCUGCACCAAUAAGGCAACUCAAUUGAUACAGGCUUCAUCGGCAGCCUCCACGCAAUCGAUGCAAAAGCCAGUAGGAGUGCCGCGAUAUCAUUGCAAGGAUUGUGGAAAAUCUUACUCUACUUAUUCGGGACUAAACAAACAUCAACAAUUUCAUUGUCCCGCCGCUGAAGGUAAUCAAGUGAAGAAAGUCUUCAAUUGCAAGAAUUGCGAUAAGACAUACGUUUCGCUGGGUGCAUUAAAGAUGCAUAUACGCACGCAUACUUUGCCUUGCAAGUGUCCCAUCUGCAGUAAGGCAUUCUCCCGACCCUGGUUGUUGCAAGGACAUAUACGUACACAUACAGGCGAAAAGCCCUUCAGCUGUCAACAUUGUAAUCGCGCUUUUGCGGACCGUUCCAAUCUGCGCGCACACAUGCAAACGCACUCAGAUGUGAAAAAAUAUUCCUGCCCCAGUUGUACAAAAUCGUUUUCGCGUAUGUCAUUGUUAGGUAAACAUUUACAAGGUGGCUGCCAACAAUCACCAAACUCCUCCACAUCAUCCGUAGAAAACUUAAACGGUUUCAAUCAACAACAACUGCAACAGCACAUGCAAGGGUUGCAGACCAGUGCCUUCAAUGGUUAUGAUGAAAAUAUGCCACUACAUCCGGCCCAGCAUUUGCAGCAACAACAGCAGCAACAACAGCAGCAGCAACAGACACAGCAACAACAACAGCAGCAGCAGCAGAUGUAUUAUUCAUGCAGUAGCAUUGGCAGCAGCGGUCCUGAAGAUGAAGACGAGUAUGCGCAAGCACAACAGCCACAUCCGCUGAUAGCGCAAAUGAGUGACUAUUAAUCGAAAGUUCAGUAAUGUAUCUGUAAUGCAAAUUCGAGGUAAUUCUGACCGAAAAUUAGGGACAAUUAGGGAUAAUUAAAAUAAUAAAAGAAUAUCAAAUGACAUGCCAAAUAUACAAUUUACUUUGCCAAGGAAUCUCAUAGGAUAAGGGAUGGGUUAGCCAAAACUUCUUAAAU